UUAUUUAGAGGCGGUGCCAGGCAGUCUCACCAAACGUCCUGUGACACAUGAGUGCGACUCAAAGGAGUUGGGGGGCUGGACGAAAGGCAGCCGCACUUUUCCCCAGCCCGCCAUCCCAGUUGAACCAACCAACUCCCCCACUGAGCUUGUAAUCACCAGGAAUCCCACCUCCUCCCCCCCAGCCCCUGCCCAGAGGAAAAGCCUAAAAAAACAACCACCACCAAACACCCAACAACUCGCUUUCCCAGUUGCUGGGCUCCAGUUUGAAUUGGGAACGUUCCCCCUUUUUUUAAAGUGUGGGGGUGUUUUUGGUUGUUUUUAAAGACUCUGUAAAGAAAAGUUGUUCCCCCCCCCCAGCCCUAUCAACCCUCCCUCCCCCCCCUUCCCUCUCUUAACACCCACCCACCGACCAUCCACAUCUCUUGUGAUCCACCAUGAACAAGCUGUACAUUGGGAACCUAAACGAAAACGUGACUCCAGGCGAUUUGGAGAAAGUCUUCAAUGACCACAAGAUCUCCUUCAGUGGUCAGUUUCUGGUGAAAUCGGGCUAUGCCUUUGUGGAUUGCCCUGAUGAGCAAUGGGCUAUGAAAGCCAUCGAAACUUUUUCUGGGAAAGUGGAGCUACAUGGAAAACAGCUAGAGAUUGAACAUUCAGUACCCAAAAAGCAAAGGAGCCGCAAAAUUCAGAUAAGAAAUAUCCCACCCCAGCUACGAUGGGAGGUGUUGGAUGGUUUGCUAGCUCAGUAUGGUACUGUAGAAAAUUGUGAACAAGUGAACACAGACAGCGAGACGGCCGUCGUCAACGUCACCUAUUCAAACCGGGAGCAGACCAGACAGGCGAUCAUGAAACUGAAUGGGCACCAGCUGGAAAACCAUGCACUGAAAGUCUCCUACAUCCCCGACGAACAGUCCAUGCAGGGGCCUGAGAAUGGGCGGCGGGGCGGCUUCGGCACACGGGGGGCCCCCAGGCAGGGCUCGCCCGUCGCUGCAGGAGCGCCCGUAAAGCAGCAGCCGGUGGACAUCCCACUCCGACUCCUGGUGCCCACGCAGUACGUGGGGGCCAUCAUUGGCAAGGAGGGGGCCACCAUCCGCAACAUCACCAAGCAGACGCAGUCCAAAAUCGACGUGCACAGGAAGGAGAACGCGGGAGCAGCGGAGAAAGCCAUCAGCAUCCAUUCCACCCCCGAGGGCUGCUCCGCGGCCUGCAAGAUGAUCUUGGAGAUUAUGCAGAAGGAGGCAAAAGACACCAAGACAGCUGACGAGGUUCCCUUGAAGAUCCUGGCCCAUAAUAACUUUGUGGGGCGGCUGAUCGGCAAGGAGGGGCGGAACCUGAAGAAGGUGGAACAGGACACGGAGACGAAAAUCACCAUCUCGUCUUUGCAGGAUCUGACUCUCUACAACCCUGAAAGGACGAUCACGGUGAAGGGCUCCAUCGAGAACUGCUGCAAAGCCGAACAGGAGAUCAUGAAGAAAGUGAGGGAAGCGUACGAAAACGACGUGGCUGCCAUGAGCCUACAGUCUCAUCUGAUCCCCGGCCUUAACCUGGCUGCUGUCGGACUCUUCCCGGCGUCUUCUAACGCGGUGCCGCCGCCUCCAAGCAGCAUCUCCGGGGCAGCGCCAUAUAACUCCUUCAUGCCCCCAGAGCAAGAGACGGUGCACGUCUUCAUCCCCGCGCAGGCAGUCGGCGCGAUCAUCGGCAAGAAAGGACAGCACAUUAAACAGCUCUCCAGAUUUGCGAGCGCCUCCAUCAAGAUCGCGCCACCCGAGACACCGGAUUCCAAAGUGCGCAUGGUUAUAAUCACUGGACCGCCAGAAGCUCAGUUCAAGGCACAAGGACGAAUUUAUGGCAAACUCAAGGAGGAAAACUUUUUUGGGCCUAAAGAAGAAGUGAAGCUGGAGACGCACAUUAGGGUCCCUGCCUCAGCCGCAGGGAGAGUUAUUGGCAAAGGAGGCAAAACUGUCAAUGAACUGCAGAACCUGACGGCAGCAGAGGUGGUGGUGCCGCGGGACCAGACGCCUGAUGAGAACGAGCAAGUCAUUGUAAAAAUCAUUGGACACUUCUAUGCCAGCCAGAUGGCGCAGCGCAAGAUACGCGAUAUCCUGGCCCAGGUGAAACAGCAACAUCAGAAGGGACAGAGCGGCCAGACGCAAGCGCGGAGGAAAUAAGAGCAGCUAGCACGCAACGACUGUGACAAAAAUUGGAAAAUGAAUGAGUCGAUGCCGGGCUUAAGAGUGGCUGGGAAUCAGUUACCGUAGACAGAUGAUAACUUUUCAUGACCAGAUUGAGAUUAAAAGGCAGUUUGAUUGGCUUCCAAGGUAGAUGCCUACAUUUAAAAAAAACAAAACAAAAAAACCCCCGGAUCAAUUAGAUAAACAAUCUAUAUGUUGCAAAGGCUGCUUAAAUGAAGCAACAUGUGCUGCGGUGUGUGUCACCCCCAACACCCUCUUGCUGCUGUGAUUGGCCAGCGCCUAGCAAUGGAGGUUCCACCAUCCCUUGCCGCAGCGCUGCAGUGAAUCUAGUGCGUAGCAAUUAACAUUGGAAACAGUCCGUCCCCUCCUACCCCCUGCACUGCAGCAGAUGCAACAUAGAUGCUCAUUUAAGUUGACUUUUGUGGGCCAGUCCACCCCAAACUUGUGGUGCCAUCAUACCCUUCGUAGAAGAGUUCCAGGGUGCUGCUUUCUGGCCACCAUGUUACACAUAGAUAUGAGACUGAUUAAAAACAAACAGAAAAAAAUUCUUAGAGCAAAGUAACUUUUCUUAGUGCUGAUUUUAGAAAUUCCAACAGAUAGGAUGGUUCCUACUCCCAUUCGCAGUAAAAUCUAGCGUGGGUGAAGGUUUUAGAACAAAAUGGACUCGGAUAACACCGGAACCCUGCACUGAUCAGUCUUAGAACAUCCGAGAACGUGAUGGAGGAGAGAGACCUCUCUUCCAUUGUGUACCAAACUCAGUGCAAUGACUUUGCAAAGCCUUAUAAGACAGGAGAGCAACUAUAUUUUCCAGGAUGACUUUUUUUUUUUAAACUAAGCCUAUGAAAUGAUUGCAGAAUUGGGGAGAAAUGCCAAGGCUAACCCUAGCACAGGCAAACCUAAACAGUAACCCUUCUGGGUGAUCAGCACUGGAAAGAACCAGGCACGAUGCCCCAUCCUACCAAGUGACGCUAUUCACAAGAAUGAAAUCACCCGAGGAAAAAAGUUUUGGUCCCUCCCUCUUUUAAACAAUGACACCCCCCACCCAAAAAAAUUGCUUUGUAGGAAACAUGAUUAAAUCUUCCUCUAUUUAAUAAUCAUCUUAUUUAAAAAAAAACUAAGGCCAGGAUUUUUAAUCAACCCUGAGAGCGUCGGGUGUCCAACUGAAGAUAGCUCAGUGGUUUGAGCAUUGGCCUGCUAAACUCAGGGUUGUGAGUUCAAUCCUUGAAGGGGCCAUUUAGGGAUCUGGGGCAAAAAUCUGUCUGGGGAUUGGUCCUGCUUUGAGCAGUGGGUUGGACUAGAUGACCUCCUGAGGUCCCUUCCAACCUGUGAUUCUGUGAAGGCAGGGCUUCACACCUCAAGAGUAGGCCAAAAACUGCAAGCUCCUAUAGAAAUGAAUUGACAGGCUCAUGCCUGGGAGGCAGUGCUGUCUAGUGGAUAGAGCACUGCACUAAGACAGGACACUUGUAUUCUAUUCCAGCAGUUCUCAACCAGGGAUCUGGGGCCCUCUGGGGGGCAGCGAGCAGGUUUCAGGGUGUCUACCCAGCAGGGCCAGCGUUAGACUUGCUGGGGCCGAGGGCAGAAAGCCGAAGUCCCACCACGUGGGGCUGAAGCCGAAGCCUGAGCAACUUAGCUGCGUGGGGCCCCGGGCAACUGCCCGGCUUGCUACCCCCUAACACCGGCCCUGGAUUUCAUAUGCAGAAAAACAUUUGUUGUGGCACAGGUGGGCCGUGGAGUUUUUAUAGCAUGUUGAAGGGGCCUCAGAAAGAAAAAGGGUGAGAACUCUUGUUCUAUUUCCCACUCUGCAAGUAGCCUGGUGGGUAACCUUGGGGAAGUGUUUAUGCCUCAGUUUCCCCAUCUACAAAUGGAGAUAAUGAUGCUUACCUCCUUUUGUAAAUGCUUUGAUAUCUACUGAUGAUAAAAUCUAGGUAUUAUUAUUAUUAUUAUCAUCAUCAGGCACCUGCUCACCUCACUGCAGACAGCAGGCAUCCAAUGGGAUUUGAGCACCCACUUCCCACUGGCCUCUGAAAAUUGCAACCUAAACCGAAAAGGAUAGAAUCUUUGAAAACACCCAGGGAAGGUUUAUAAGCUAACUAGGAACAGGAUCCCAAUUCAAAUACACUCUCCUGGGGUUAUUUGUCUUUUACUUUUCCCUUUAUUCUCUCUAGGUGGUGGGGGAAUUCCUGAAAUUUGGCACAUUAAAAAAAAAAAAAAUGUAAACCUGCAAGCAAAACUUUUCUGCAGUAAAAAAUACCUUCUUUUCAUGAGACAAAACCAAAUAUAUAUGUCAAAAGAAUGUAAUAUGGUUACUGAAUCCAGUCACUCUUAUGUGGAUUUUUAUAUUUUAAAUAUAUUUUAAUGAUUUUUAUAUGAGUAUUUGGAAGGGACAGUAACUGCUGUGAUGGCAUCUUAGACGCAGGGCAAGGUCUCGUCUUCCCUAGGCAUGGAUCCCGCAAGCUGCCUUCUGAGCUGAAAGCAGUUCCUGAAGUCAGGUGGAAGUGACUUCAGGAGAAGCAGGAGGAUUUAUAGGGGGUCAGCUCCUGCUCUCUGUGACUCCAGGGUAAAUCCAGAGACGCUCCAUUGAAGUCUGUCGUUUAACUCAAGGUUUACAGCUCUGCGCGCCGUAACACCGGUGUAAAAGCAGGGUUAAUUCUCCGGGAGUCAGCGGGCCUGGUAUUCCGUUGCCUUACGCCCUUGUGCAAUCGCAUCAAUGCGGCCGCUCUGAUCUGGUGGCAUUUUACGCUCAUUCUGCCCUGACGUAAGAGUCUUCACAAAGUGCAGGGCUAUUGGAAUUUGACGCUCUAUCUAGGCUCUGCGAAGCGAGCCGGGAACCACCCUUGCAUUGAUUUGUUUUUGUAGGGGAGACCAGACCUUUUGUUCUGCCGGUGCAUUCCUUUGUACAUCUUGCUUAGGGUAUAGCUACGCUGCAAUCAGAGGUGUGAUUGCAGCAUGGCUUGGCAUGCCCACGCUAGCUAGCACCGCUAAAAAUAGCGGUGAAGAUUCAGUGGCACGGGCCAGCAAUGCAAGUACAUACCGAGGGGGACCACACUGAAGUCCACAGCCCCGUAUCUUCAUUGCUAUUUUUCAUCAUGCUAGCUAGAUCGAUGCUAGCCCAGGUCUGGCUACAUAAGCUGCCAUCGCAUAGUGUAGACGUAGCCUGAGUUAUGACCAUCUUUGAAUUUGGAUUACGCAGCUGCAGGAAUGCUUGCUGGUUUUGAUAAAGGGAACAGACAAGCAGUUACUGUCCUUUAAACAUUGCAACAACAAGACGAUGUGGGGAAAGUCAGGUAUUGCUGUGUGUUUUAGCAACAAGGAAAAAAAAAAGUAAGAAAAGAAAAGGAAAAAAAAAAGCUACCUCAAGGUAUGAAGUUACCUCAGCCAUUGUUUUUUGUUUUGUUUUUGGGGCUUGCUGAUAUUUUAUAUAAAAGCUGAUAGUCUUGAAUAUUUUAUUUUUUUAAUGAAAAGAGAAGUUACGUUUCAUAAUUUCUUAUGAGCCAGGAGUUAUGUGCAGGUAACCAAGUGUUAUGAGCUCUCUAUUGAGAACGACAGAAAUUUCAGAUAUAGUGGAAAAGAUGGCAGCAGUUGAUUUUUGGCCUCUUAAAGCGGGGUGGUUAAUUUCACUGUGAUGCAAGAGUGAUUGGCUGUAGAAAUUCAUCUAGGAUUUUGAGGGUUAGAACCCACCAACUUUUUGAUUGGAUUUUUUUUUUUUUAAACUAGCCAUUGGAAUAAAGUCCAUGCUUAACCCAACUCCAUCAGGUACCCAAACUGUUAAAGAGCCUUAGAUUAGAAACAUUUCACAAAAAGUCAAGAGUAGAAUGGAUUUGCUAUCAAGCAAUAAUUAUUAGCCAUAUCAAUCAGCAAUGAAAUAUGGCAUGUGGAGGGGCUGACUGGUAUGUUUCACGAAUUGGCCCGCUGUGGUAAUUCCAAGUAGUCCAAAUAAUUCACUAACCAACCCAAAUGGAUCGACCUCUUGUAUCUAAAUAGGCAGCGUCAGACCAUCUUCUCCACUAUGAUGCUUUAAGUAUUUUACAGAGAUUGCCUCAGUUUUACCGAGGAUAAACAAAUAAUUAAAAAGAGAGAGAGAGAGAAAUGGGAGCUGAAAUUUUAUACAUGCAGACAGCAAGGAAAAAAAAUAGAGAGAGAGAGAUGUGAACCCAGCUAUCGCUAUUAGAAAGGUUCACAUUUUUAAUCACAUCUUGCUACUUUUUUAUUGUACCUGCAGGAAUUAACCCUUUUUUUAGAAUGUCAUGUUAAAAGAUCCGUGGUGGUAAAAUCAAUUCUAAAGAGGCUGACCCUGCGUCCCGUGCCCCCAAAACUCAGUGGUGCGUGAAGAACGCUGGAUCAAGCCCCUAAAUGGAUGCAGCUUUAAAGAAGUAAUGACCCUUUUUCAGUAGAGACAGGGAAUGUCAAACAAACGAAGCGAGAGUUAAAAAUCCCCCUUGAGUGGGUGACACGUUCCAAAGCGCGAGUGAGGAGAAAGCAGGAUGCUAAUUCUGCUUUUUACCACUGGAAGGUUGGGGUAGUCAAAGCCUUCAUUUCUGACUCCUUGCACCUGUCUCCUCUGAGGACAGAAAGUUACAAGACACGUGGUAGGAAAGACGUGGAAUAGAUUUCAAGUUGAUUUGAUUCUUUUUCUUUUAACGGCAUUUGUCAUCUUGUCCUAUGAAAAACGGUUUCCUACUUCUUUAAAUCUCUGGCUCUCUACUUUUUACAGACUUUCACAGAACAGUUUAUUCAGACAUCGGUGAAUUGUAUUUUCCAACAGCAAGCAUUUUUGAUAACUGGUUCAAACUGUAUCAUCGAGAGAAAAAACAAACAAACCCACAGUACUGUAAAUCUGAUUGUUGCAGUGUUCUAUUGAGGGGGUCCUGCCACUUACCCAGAGUUUGAUUAUUCAGUGGAAACCUCUGGUGUUUUCCAUAAUAGAGGCCUAACCCCGUAAAAUGUUUAGAAGCAUUGCACCAUUUUAAUACUGUUUCUAUGUGUUCAAGGGGGUGUCUUUGUCACCCCUCGUUUCUUUUAAGAUCGGUUGUGAUUACUCUGGAGCUAAAAGGCUGCUGGGAUCAAUGCUUUAGAAAUAACCAUUUCCAUUAAGGAAGGCAGCAUUGCCUAGUAGUUUCUGGACAGGCCAGGGAGCUAGGAUAUCCUGAGUCUGAAUUCUGUUUCUACUCUGUGGACUUACACAAAUCACUUAUCUCCUCCCUGAGGCCCUGAUUCAGGAAAGCACUUACACAGGCUUAAGUCCUGUUGACUUUGAUGGGACUUAGGCACCUGUUUAAGGAGUCAGAGAGAGCUAGGUCUCCCAGUGCAGAACUCUGCAUAGCCGAGUUGCUUUGAGUAUCAGUGAAGUUAUUCCCAGUAAGCAACAGGCCUGGCACCUACUGUAUUUCUCUGGCACCAGCCUAGACUACAGCGUUAUGCAAGGAGCCCUUUGUAUGGACCAGCUGCAAAGCCCAAUGAAGUCAACGGAAGGAGACUUGACUGAGCUUUGACCCAGGCCUAAGUGAAUAACAAGUAAAAGGGAUCUGAUGAUGCAAAUACAUUUCUAGUCCACCAAGAAUUAAAAAGAAACAUGAACAAUCCCUCAACAGGCCUAUUAAAGUUCAACAGGCACCAGAAGCCCUGGAGGCAAACCCUUGUUAAGUGGCAGGAUCUUUAGGUUUGAAAUCAGAAGGGAAGUAUUACCAGGAGCAUCUUCCUCUGUAGAGCCAGGGCUGGCUUUGGACAGGGUGAGGAGCAGAGAAGUAUCUCCUCUCUUCUGAGCCGGCACCUCAUUUUUAUGAUAGCAGAAGCAGCAGAGUUUCUCACGCAUGCACAUUUCCUCGACUAAGUGUGAAUUUGGUUGGUUUGGUUUCUGUAGAUCCUUUUCAAAGGGUUUGAAAAUGUUCCCUGGGUUUUAAACUUGAGGGGAAUAAAAAGUGGGACAGAAUCUGGGUUCAUUCUGGAGGACGGGGGAGGCUCUAAUGCAUUAGGUAGCUCCAAGGUGUAGAAUUUAAAUUAGGGAAGCAGGGCAGUCUAGUGGCUAGAAGACAGGGUUCUGUGCCCAGCACUGUCACUGACUUGCUUUGUGGCCUAGGGGCAAAAAAAAUAAUAAUAAAAAAAAAUCCACUUCUCUGUGCCUCAGUUUACCCAUCUGUGGAAUGGGUAUAAUGAUACCUACCUCACAGGGCUGUUGUGAGGAUUAACAAAUUACUCUUUUUCAAGCACUUUGCAAUCCUCAGUGUCAUAUAGAGUGCAAAGUAUUAUUAUUAGGAGGAACUAAAACAACACUCUAGUUUUGGGUUCACCUACCUAGUGCUAUCAUAAUCUUGUCACGCCGUUCAGCAAGGGGCAAAAAUGACUAAACCACCGUGCACAGUAUUUCUCUCUUCUGAGCUCUGAACGCUUUCUUGGCAAUUAAAAACACAUGGCUAUGGUUCAGUAGCUAUGGCAGAGGAUACACUCCUUUGCUGGCAGUGAUCAUUGCAACCUAACCAAAUUGACAUACUUGGAAGGUUUUUAAGGAGUUAAAAUAGACUAAAAAUCAGUGUAAAUAUUAAAAAGAAACUGCCUUUAAGCUACAUUGUAUGUUUCCUGGGCAUUAGAUUUUGGUUUUUUAGCAAGAAAAAAAAACACAGUAAACAUUAGUAAUCUAGUACCAGAAAAGUCUUUUUUUUAACGUUUAGCUCCAAAUAUUUUGAUUAUUUUUAGAUUCUGGGGGAAAAAAAUAUCAGAAACGCAGACUUGGUAUGAGACAGUUGAAGACUUUUUUAAAUUAAUUUUUUUUUAAAUUAUAGGAUCUGCUUUACUGUUCCCUUGAAAUGGUACACACCUCAUAGGCUUUUUUUAUUUUUUUGGAACUUUCUUUUUUUUUUAAAGCAUAUAGUAACCGAGAGGUUUUUUUUUUUUUCUUUUUUUUUUUUUUUUCUUUUUGAAUGAAAUCGGUGCGAUCCUGUGAAACACGUAUGCUCCUGAGAGGGCACAGAUAAUGUUUUUGAAACUCUAAUUCACUCUCUUCUCGAGACCGGUCUGGAAGGAAUGAACAAAUCAGUUGGCCUGUGAACAUAUCAGCAGUGCUACUGUUAAUUUCAGCUGGGGUUUUGUUAGGGAAUUGAGGGCCAAAAUGGUCAGAAGCGACUUGCAAUUUUUUAGAUGCUGCAAUUACUGGGUGUCCAAGCUGGGACAUCUUAAAGGAGUCCCAGUUUUCAGAAGGCAGGAGCUCAGCCCUAUCUUAAAAUCUGGCCCUUUCCAGUGUCAAGGUGAGUGACUUUUGAAAAUAUUGUCCCGGAUACCUAAUUCCUUUGGAAAUCCCAGCCUUAGGCUCUGUUCCAAAACCCAUUGGCAGUCAACAAAGACUGCAGUGGGCUUCGGAUCAGGCCCUUACAGUAUUGUUUAGGAAGAAAGAAAUUCACCGUGAUUCGGCUGAAUCGGACCUGCCGCCCCCCCCCCUUUUUUUUAAGUCAUAGUUUGUAAAAUACAGAGCGAAUGAAAUAUGCGAGAGGCUCUCGAAUCAUUUUCUUCCUGAGAACAUGCAGGUGCUGCAAGCUUGAAAUUUACAUGUACAAACUACCUCAAACCUUACAAUAAGAUUUGAAUGAUAGAUGGGAGAGGAUGGACGUAUCCACCCUGCAGCUUUGCCCAGCCUCAGAAAUAAGCCCUGAACAGAACCUUUCCUGAAAGCUCAGUGAAGGGUCUCCCUCCAUCCUCCGCAGUGGUAGGUUUCCUGGAGGGAGAAGGAGUGGUUGGGCAGUUUAUUACCCCUCCUGGUCAGUGUGGGAUCUUCUUGUGGGUGGAGCAGGAGAAUAGAUGAUGACUCCUCCUUUUCCACUAUUGGCGUCUCGUUUCUAGGAGUCUGAGUAGGUGCUUUGGUGCAAUGGGAGCCUCUCUGGAGGGCGAUGAUUAUCCCGUCACCGUAAAAUAUAAGAGACCAGUCAAUGUACAUCAGAUCCCGCCAACCUCAUGGAGAUUUUGCCCGCCCCCCCCCCCCGGGCACUCAAGAAUCCAGUGCUGUGGCGGUUAAGACAAACCCAGCGGCUGAUCCUUUAGCUCCUGCUGCAUCAGAGGUAGGGCUGAGGCUCUCCUCUGAAGGAAUACUAUGAAGGAGGGAGAAGGUGCCACCCCUCCACUCCCUAGAAGAGACCUGGUAAGAGAAGGUGGAGUGGCCUGCUGAGUCAAAAUGACACAGCAGGUUUGAGGGAGCCAGGGCCUGGGGAGAGUAGGACAUCCUGGCCAUGAUGCCAUGCGGGCCCCUGAGGUUCAGAUAGACAUCCGGGCGGAAGGGUGACAAUCAGAACCCUUUAAAAGUCAGCCCAUCCCUAAUUUAAAUAUGCAUUUGAACCCUGCUGCUUUAUUGUACAUUACAGAAUUUUUAAAAUAUUUGUUCAAGAUUAAUACCUCUCGGACACGUGGUCUGUGUGUGACACGGCAGGAGCGGCGGCGGGCAAAGCUGGGCCGCUUUCGAAACUGGCCUGUGGGAGGGGAGAAAAAGCCCAACGCUGUCUCACCACAGAGGUGAUCUCCCCAUUCCCAAAGGCAGCGGGUAGGGUGUGAACUGUGCAGUGUACCAGUGAAAGGAGCGGUGAUCUUCAACAGUGAAUGAUUAAAGAGAUGGUGUCAGGUGAACCCAGGCUCACACUGUUGGUUUUAUGACCCCAAAAAGCAAUAUUUGGCCAAACUAGAACUGUUUCCACAGAUACUUCUUUACAUUAAUGAUUCCAGUAGAAAUUUGUAUUUCGUCACCUGGAAACACCAGCAAGUGUGCCGGUAGGGAAGGAACUGAAAAAUUAAAUUAAUUCUAAACAGCAGCCAAACAGACCACAGUGCAUAAAGUAAAUCAUUAAUGGAACACAAAUUAGAUUCUUAGCUAAAAUCGCUUUAGAUUUAACAUACUGGGAAAUUAAUAGGACUAAACGGCCUAUAAAUCGGGGCAGAGCUGGUCUUUACAAAAUUAUUUAGUGUGUGUUAAAAGAGUUAAGGAAAUUAUGCUUUUUAAAGAUGCACCCAAUUCAUCCCAAGAUAAACUCCACUGGCUUUAAGGAUGAAUUUCUCCGCCCUUUAAAAAAAUAAAUAAAAAUCUGACACUGUCCCUUUAAUCAGAUCUGUUCCAGUGAACUACAAAACCUUGAUUAAACCCACUCCUCCCCCAUGUGAAGCCCCCAGCUAUUCCUUAAACACCCAGUGCCCAUGGAGUACGUUAGCUUCACUGCAUGUCAAACAAGGGGACAUGACCUUAUAUAUAACCAAUUCAUCUUUGUUUAUCUACCUCUUAGUGACAAUAGAAUAAAAUAGGUAGUGGCAACUCCACAUGCUGUAGUGUAGAGGAAAAAAUUACUCUCUUUUUCCAAAGAAAAAAUGUUCUUUAAAAAAAAAAAUAGAAUUUAUGGGUUUCUUUUCACUUUAAUGUGUUCAUUAGUUGUAAAAGUUCCAAACCUCCGCAGU